AUGCUUCAACCGUUCGGAGGAAUAAGGGGCUCGGAAGUGGAUGGUACUUUCUGUGGAGAUUCUCUAGUUCCAAGUGGAAUAUGUAAUUGUGGGGACCGCGUGGCCCGCUUAGCCAACUGGUCCAAGCGGCUAACUGAUUCGAAGGCCUUGAACGACUGGAUCAAAGUUGAGAGGUCCAAAACCCAGUUGUUAGGUUGUUGUAAUAAUAAUCACCCCCGAACAACCACCCCAACUGCUACUGGUCAACGACAAAUCAUUAGAACCAACAGUCAAGAAGAGCUUCCUAGUAGUAGUAGCACCAACAGCAGCAGCAACACCACCGCGAGCAAUUCAACAGUGGCUCUGAUGGCAAUGUGCAUAUACAGACAAUUAGAAUGUAAAGAAGAGACGUGUGCUGUGUGUUUAAGUGAAUUCAAUGAAGGUGAUGAAAUUGGUAUACUGCCUAAAUGUGCACAUAUAUUUCAUGUGCAAUGCAUUAAUAAGUGGUUGUGUUCAAACCCUAAUUGUCCACUUCGCCGUGCCGGUAUUGUGCCUUGGCCACAGAACGAUGUUGCAGUGUCCUUACCGGAUUCCGGGGGUGUCCCGCCACCGGAGCUGUACGAGGUGCCCCAUUUUGGAGGUUGA